AUGCUUGCAACAAUCCUUUCCGAGCUUUCAUGCCUCGACGAGCUCAACUGCCCUUCAAUUAUAUCCGACACACUCUCUUCCGUACUUCCACGAUUGCCCAUCACGAAACUUUACCUCAAGCUGGACACAUACUCUCCCCCCGACCCCCUGCCCGUCCUCGAAGCAGUCGCUGGCACGCUUCGUUCCCUGACGUUGCAGGACCUCAAGUUUAGUAACCAACUUACCUUAGACCGCUUCACUACCAAAAUCGGCAGUGCGCCCAUCUGUAUGACUGCGCUUGAAGACCUCGCCGUAGUGUCUUGUGUCAUUCCACUCGCCUCGAAGCUCAUCCGGCUGCCAAAGCUGAAAACACUAUAUUGUGAAGGCGAGGGUGUGACCCUCGAUGAUGGCGUUCCAUCAUCGCUGAAGACCCUUGUCGUGCCAGCGGGUGCAAAAUCUGUAGGCAAGUCCUAUAGCCAAUACCUACUUACUAGACGGAGAAACUAA